GGAGGCGGAGCCGGAGGAGGAGCAGUAUUGGAGACCGACGCCCGGCGCGGUCCCUCCCUUUGACGCGCCCCGGAUACGUGAGCCUACCCGCAAGCAGUUUGAGCAGUUGAUCUUGGAUGGAAAGAUUUUCGUCGUCCCGGACAUCAGCGCCGACUGGGAGCUCCGUCGCUGGGACUGCGACUUCUUUCAGACUGACCCGGAGUUCAAGAAAGCUGCCAUGAACCAUCAGUACACUGCGGGUGGGGGCCGAGACAUGAAGUUGGGGGACGAUUGGCAGGGCGACCAGACCGCCAGCGGCGCCAAGAACGACACCGCUCCGCAAAUCGCCCCUUUCUACUGGGGCAUCAAGGACGUGCAGUUUGAGAGGCGGCCGGGCUGGACCAAAGCUAUGCUGCGGCGCGUGGCGAAGAGCUUCAAGGUCCCCAAGUUCAUGCACCCGAAGCACACUGCGCGGGACUUCGGCUCCACACCCGAGUUCUGGUUCGGAACUGGCCAGGCGGGAGCGAAGGCGCACAUGGACUCCCAUGUACAGGCAACUGUUUCUGUGCAGAUUUCUGGGAGGAAGCGGUGGCGGCUGAUGCCUCUGCGACAGCGCGCCGCGCCCUUUCUCGCGAUGAUCUAUUCAGAUGGCCAGCCCUACGAGAACGACGAAGGCUGGAAGCCUCUCUUCGAGAUCACCCUGGAACCGGGUGAGGGCCUGUUCUUCCCGCCGGGCAUGGUGCAUGAGACCAUGAACGUGGGAGAUGUGUGCGCCUCCUCCGUUACCUUCCAGUUCAACUACCCGUACGCCGCUCGCUUCUACAGGCACGACCUCACGGCAGAGUUGCGAUUCUUCCCACGCGUGCGGUAUACGGCCGACAUUGGCGAGAGUUGGGUACUCAUCAAAGACUGGGCACGGCUUGGCCUUCCGGGAGACGAGAGGGGCAAAGGCGAGCCGUUCGACUCUGCCAGGAAGCGCGCAGACUUGGCACCCCAUUUCGCGAAGUUGGACCAAGACUCCAAUGGGCAGUUGACGGAGUCCGAGUUGGGAUUCCUAGACAGUCACGCCGUCAAUGCCAUCGCAUGGCACGACACCGAUGGUGACCAUGCUAUCAGCUUGGAGGAGUAUCGUGACGGCUUCGCCUACUGGUCCUCCGUCACGAGCGCGGCCAUCAAGGCCACGCCAAAGGAGUGGCGUAAGUUCCAGCUCAUCGGCACUGUGGAGAAUCUCGAGGACGUUCCCGACGCGCUGUCCCGGAAGAUGAGAGAGGCUUCUCUACGGGAAGAAGCCCGCCUCCGGUCUGCCAAAGAGCAGCGAUCGGAUCUGUGA